CAGCGAGGAGAAGCAAAUCCAUUUCAGCACCACGGAGAGCGGCUGGCCACGUAUCUCUUCUGCAAGGGCUCUCAGGAACGCCUCUCUCCCACCCAUCUCCUCCUGUCUCUCAGCCUCGCUCCCUCCUCGCCGUCCUCCUCUCUCCUGCACUCCACGGCUUCAUUUCAAUCAGGUGGCUGUUGCUCUUCGAGAUUAGUGAAAAUCUAGCCGGAAAAUACUCGCGAAGCCUCCCCCUCCUCCCUCUUCCCGUAUACACAAAGGGAGAAGGGAAACGGCAACGUGCUUUGAAUUUGUGUUGACUCUUUGAGAGUCCUCUCACUCUCUGCCUCUAUGGACUGUUGGCACGAAGCCUCUACAGCCAACUGAUCGGAUGCCCCAGGCUGAGGAGUGAUUGGAAAGAUCCACGCCAAGUGGUCUGCUUGCCAUUAAAUGCUAGUUGCCAUCAUAAAAGGUCUAUGUUGGAUCGUUUUAUAGAAAUACAUAUUUUUUUAUCUUUCUUACUGGUGUAACAUUUAUGGGGCCUGUUUAUUUGCCUCUUUAAUGCUAUUUUUUUUUUCCAACCUUCACUUUGAGCUGAUUGCCAAUAAAAAAAAGAGGCGACAAGACCAUCUUCUUGAUUUACUUGUUGGCUGUAACGACUGAUCCAUGGCUUCGCUCUAUCAGAGACUCACCGGGAAAAUAAACACGUCCAGGUCCUUUCCUAAUCCACCUGAAGCAAGUCAUCUCUUGGGUGGUCAGAGCGCUGAAGAAGACAAUGCCGUGAAGACCUCACGCCCACUGCAAGAAGUCCGAGCCGGUUAUCAGUACCAGCCCCGGAUCGACUGUGAAGAGGAAGAUGAGCUGGUGGGGAGUAAUCCUCCGCAGAGGAACUGGAAAGGCAUCGCCAUCGCCCUGCUGGUAAUUCUGGUAAUUUGCUCCCUGAUCGUCACGUCUGUUAUUCUGCUGACGCCAGUUGAAGAUAAUAGCCUGUCACUCAAGGCAAAGGUAUCACUACAAGAUUUGGUCGAUGGGGAGUUUGCAAUCCAUGAUCCCGGAGCUAAAUGGAUAAAUGAUAAAGAAUUAAUAUUCCGGACCCAAAAAGGCAAUGUCUUGAAGCUAAACGUGGAACUGAACGAGUCAACGCUUCUAAUAGAAAGCAAAAUAUUUGAUGCCUUGAGAGUCAGCAAAUAUGAAAUAUCUGCAGACAUGAGAUACGCACUCCUAGCAUAUGAUGUCAGACCGGUAUAUCGACACUCGUUUACUGCGAAUUACAUUGUGUAUAACAUGCUAACAGGGGGACAUCGUAUUUUGAACCCACCAGAAGUCCCUGAUGAGCAGCUGCAGUAUGCCGGAUGGGGCCCCAAGGGCCAACAGCUGAUCUUUAUUUUUGAAAAUAACAUCUACUAUCAAAUGAACGUGGAGAGCCGGGCCAUCCGUCUGGUGUCAACGGGAAAAGAGGGAGUCAUUUUCAACGGUCUCAGUGACUGGUUAUACGAAGAGGAAAUUUUGAAGACCCACAUUGCUCACUGGUGGUCUCCAGAUGGCGCCAGGCUAGCAUACAUAACAAUAAAUGAUACCAAAGUCCCCAUUAUGGAGAUCCCAAUCUACACUGGAUCAAUGUACCCUACGGUGAAAACGUACCGUUAUCCCAAGGCUGGCUUUGAUAACCCUGUAGUGACCUUACAUGUUGUCAAUGUGAACGGCCCCCCUCACCUGGUAGAAAUGAUACCUCCUGACGAUCAGAGAAUGAGGGAGUAUUACAUAACGAUGGUGAAAUGGGCGACCAGUACGAAGGUUGCUGUAAACUGGUUAAACAGGGCCCAGAAUAUCUCCAUUCUGACGCUUUGUGACGCCACAACCGGAGUCUGCUCAAAGAAACAUGAAGAUGAAAGUGAAGCCUGGUUGCACAGGCAGAAUGAAGAACCAAUCUUCUCCAAAGACGGGAGGAAGUUCUUCUUUGUGAGGGCAAUUCCACAAGGAGGACGAGGGAAGUUCCACCACAUUGCUAUGUCUUCAUCACAGGCUAACAACAGCAACGACAAUUUACAAUCCAUCACGUCGGGAGACUGGGAUGUUACCAAGAUUCUGGCUUAUGAUGAAAAAAAACACAAGGUUUAUUUUCUCAGCUCAGAGGAUUCGUCGAGACGGAGGCAGUUAUACAGCGCAAAUACCAAUGAGAACUUCAACCGUCAAUGUAUCUCCUGUCUGUUGAUUGAAAACUGCACUUACAUCAGCGCGUCUUUCAGUCACAGUCUGGAAUUCUUCUUGCUGAAAUGUGAAGGUCCAAGGAUACCUAGUGUGACAAUUCAUAACACAUCGGACGGACAAAUUCUUAUUGAAUUGGAGAACAAUUCUAAAGUGAAAUUGGCGAUGGAAGUGAGACAGAUGCCUAAAAUUGAAUAUCAAAAUAUCAAGAUAAAGGACUAUGACUUGCCAAUGCAGAUUAUUAAGCCUGCGACGUUCUCGAACACAGCUCAUUACCCUCUGCUACUCGUUGUUGACGGAAGUCCCGGCAGCCAGAGCGUGACGGAAAAGUUUGAAAUUAAUUGGAUCACGGUGCUGGUCAGCUCCUUCAGUGCCAUCGUGGUGAAAUUUGAUGGACGUGGGAGUGGAUUUCAAGGCACAAAACUUUUGCACGAGAUGAAGCGAAAGCUCGGGGAUGUAGAUGAGAAGGACCAAGUAGAAGCUCUAAGUAAAUUGCUAAACGAACAAUACAUUGAUAAACAGCGGGUCGGUGUAUUCGGAAAGGAAUAUGGAGGUUACCUGAGCAUUUCGCUUCUGUCAAAUCGUAACGAUAUCCCGAUUUUCACGUGCGGUGCGGCUCUCUCGCCUAUAACAGAUUUUGCAUUAUAUGCUUCUGCCUUUUCUGAAAGAUAUUUGGGAUUGCGUACCCUCGAUAACAGAGCAUACGAGUUUUCCAAAUUAGAAAACAAAGUGCCCUUACUGAACACAGAGAAGUUUUUGAUUAUCCACGCGACUGCAGAUGAAAAAGUCCAUUUCCAGCACACAGCAGACCUCAUAACACAUUUAGUGAAAGCAAAAGCCAAUUACUCAUUACUGAUAUACCCAGACGAAAACCACUAUAUGAAGAACGCACAGUUUGAACAACACUUGCAUAAAUCCAUUGUGGAUUUCUUUGAAGAAUGCUUCAGAAUUCAAGAUAAGCCUCCAGUAGUUACCAUCGAAGACGAGGAAGAGGAAGAUUAACUUUUCGACAGUGCCGAGCACAAACCGGUUCCCAUAUAAUAUGCAACUGAAUCGCUCUCCCGGGGAAAUAAGAAAUGUUAACAUUUAGCAUGUAAAGUGCUCUCAAUGGCUUACCAGUUCGGACUCUUUCCUCGAUGGAAGUAACCAUUGUGAACUAGGAACUCAACAAAAAGACGAAUACAUUGCUUUCCGGCAGGAGAUUGCCGUACUUUAUAGACAAACCGAUAACAUUCGAGGAGUCAGACUUUUCCAGAGACUCUACGAGGAUUAUUCCAAGGACAAUGUGACCCGUUAAACUUCACGUAAAAAGCCGUAGCUUUGAAAUCCAAUCUUUUUUGCGGCACCGAAUUAACAUUGCAUCCGCGUCAUAUACGACUACUACAUGGGGGGGUGAAAAAAAAAGAUUAUAGCACAAUUAUUUUAUGAGUACUAACAGUUUUCUCGCUCAAUAUCUCAUCCUUAAAAAAAAAAAAAUCACACAAAAAAACAGAAAAGCCGAUCUUAGGGGCAGCGUUGAUGAACACAAUGUAUUAAUCCUACUAAAACAAUGUAUAUCGUUAUGUAAUUAUUUCAGAUUUUUGUAUAUAGUUUUUAACGGGUCUUAAUUUAAUUGAUUCAUGAGUUUAUUUUGCACGUGGAUUUUGAGUACGAAAGCUGUGGAAGAAUAGCUUCCUCUCAUGCAGAAAUUGUACAGGGGGGUAACCCCAAUUUUAGUACGUUUGUGGUACUCCAGGGGUUAAAUCAAAGUGUUACAAUGUAUUUCUGGAUGGGAACAAACUGGUUCGAUAAGACUUAUCGAUGGACUGUUGUGGUUUUUGAAGUCUGUUCCGGUUGGGAAAGCUCUAGAAGGUUAGCUAUUCUUUUAAAAAAACUGUUUG